GAGAGAGAAAGAGUGAGAAGAGAAGAGUAGAAAAGAGAAAGAGAGAAAGAGAGAAAGAGAGAGAGUGAGAGAGAGAGAGAGAGAGGGGGGAAAAAAUCCGAGUUGUGCGCGUAUCUCGCUAGUGGAGUUUCUUCCUCGUUUGAGAGGAAUCAUUCUCUUUUCCUUUCUUUUAUUGUUUAUUAUGCGAAUUAAAAGAUAUUCGUAACUUCGAUCUACGUUGUGUUGUAACAGUGAUUGGGAAGGGGAAAAGAAAAAGAAGAGGAAAAAACAAAAUACAGAAAAACCCACGCACUUUUACACAUACACACAUACGAGAGAGAGAGAGAGAGAGAGAAAGAGAGAGAGAAAGAGUGAGAUUGAGUAGAGGAGAGGAGAUAUACGCAAACACACAGUGAAGAAAAAGUAGAAGUAAAUAAGCAAGAAAAGGGACGAAAAACGACGAAACGGUGGUGUUCCGCUUGGGAAGUCGAAAAAUGCGAAGGGGACGAAGCGUCGCGUUACGCCGCCUCCUCGUCGUCGUGGCCCUGCUCUCUCUUUCUGCGGCUGCCUACGCUUUGCCAGCAGGUAACAACAACAAGCGAUCAAGGACGUGCGACAUCUCGAACGCGGAGACAUCCUGUGCCAAGAAUGAAAGAUGUGUCCAGAAAAAGAUCAAUGAUCAGAUAGAAUCGUUGUGCGACUGCGAACAAGGUUACGAAUACGUAAAGGAUGAUGAGUGCAAGCUUAGUGUAUCGCAGAUUCUAAUCAAUUCGACGACGUUCAGACCAGAUUACGCAGAGGAUUCAGGAGGUAGCUCAGUAGCCGCCGGUCUUUUGAUACCAACUUUCCUCAUACUAAUCGGCGUCGUACUGUAUUUCGGUGCGAGACGAUAUAGUUGGCUCCAACGAUUUAGACAAUACCGGCAACGUCGUUACGGCAACGUCCUAGUCACAAGAGACGACGAUGACGAUGACGAUCCUCCAAUAGCGUAAGAAGAGAGAAAAAAUGUUUGGAAAAGAAGUAAAUAAGAGAAAAAGAA